AUGCCCUUUUAUGCCAGAGUUCCCAGGACUGCGUUUAUGCCUGUCUGCGACAAGGCCACUAUGCAAAAGCAUGCUAAAAACGUCCAUUCCACAAUCAAAGCCUACUUUAUGGUAGAUCCCAACACCUCGUACCAGAAUAAGGACCUGGAAAAAGUGCUCAACGAUACUUUUAGUCCAUCGCUCUAUGUUCCGCUGGUACAGCCAUCCUUGUCACCUGAAGAGCGAAGGCCCCUCAUCAAGGCCAUGUCCUGGGAUAUAUUCAUGCCUGAUCUCCGUUCCGAUCCAGCUCAGGUUAAGGCGAUCCAAAUGCUGAAAGAGAAGCACAGUCCGGCGGAAUGCCAUGAUAUCUUCACUGCCUUGAAGGAGCUGAUGCAGGCGCACAUGGACAUGGCUGCUACCAUCCUGGAUGGAAAUCCUCACAAGCUGACCCUGGCAAAGGCCCUCUUGCAUGGCAGCCAAGUCACAGAUAAAUCGGAUUACUGGGCUCCAAUCUCUGAUAAAAAUACGUCGUACUGCGAUAUGAUCUUCCAGCUUCUCCGAGCGAUUGUCAGACUUAGAGUCCAAAUGGAUCAUCCCUCAAAGUUCAGUUUUCAGCUCGAUCCUGCACAGGAACAUGCCUUGGUCGCCCUUCUGGCACAUAUGAACUUCUCUAACAAUGCUCUGGACGAGACUGCCAUCACUAUGUUGCAUGAAUUUUUGUGGUCUUUGAUAAAUGCAGACAGUUUUCAUAAAGGCGAGCCCUGGGCAAAUGUCAUCCAGCGUUUUAUUUGGUUAAAGGCCCUGCGACGCGACGGGAACUUUUACGAGGUCACUGACUACACACCGGAUCUUGCUAAGUUGAAAUACUUCCUCAACAGCACAUGCCUUCUCCAUGCAUUGUGGUAUCAGAGAGAAAGUGAACUGGACGAACUUGAACGAGUCAUUGCGGUCCACGAGGAGGUCUUGCGUGUAGGACGCCUGACUACCUUUAACAUGGUACACGAAUAUCAGCAAUAUGCUUCAGCGCUGGCAUUCGGACAAAAGCGUGAGCCAAAAGUCUAUAUCGAUCCUGAAUUUGCCUGGCUCUCCAUUGGAACAGAGACCAUGCACAUCUCCAAAUUUCGUCAAGGGAUUCAAACACUUCUGAAACAGGUCGAAGAAGGCUAUCUAAAGUUGACAGCACGGGCGGGACACUCCUUUGCGAUGCACGAGAGCUUCCACCCACUCAAACUCAAGCUAUUCUGCCACCUUGUGGAGAAACAUCGCCUCGCCAUGGUGGAUAGGAGCGGCGUUCUUUCUUGGGAUAUACCAGCUGUAAAAGACAUCCUGCGUCAAAGCGGGGAGGUGUGGAAGCCCCUGUAUCACCUUCUAUAUGUGACCCCACAAAUAUCCACGAGAUCGGUCCAAUUUUUACAGCAUCAUAUCUCUAACGCUGAUCGGCACCGAAAUAUUUUUGUUGAGGCUCAGGAGGUUUUCUUCCUUUCCGGUUACAGCAAGACCACCCAUAUCACAGACAGAGAUGCCUGCACUCCAUCCUAUGUCAACCCGAAGGUCGCCAGGUGGUUGGUGGAAUUCCUUGCUGGAGGUCUCAGGGAAGCAGAGUCAAUUCUGGCGAAGGUGGCAUAUGGGAACUCAGCGCAGCACGAUUAUAAGACCUUCUUGGUCAUGGACAACGGCAGUAGAAUGAGCCCAGAUCAGUGGUAUGCCGUCUUUCAGCAGAGAAACAGAGAGGUUUUCCAGUGUGCUUGGGGCGUCCGUGACUUCCGGCAAGGCGCCAUAGCCAUGGCUAGGGAAUUCAUCUCCCCCAGUCAUGCAUUCUCUCUAGCAGAUGACCUACUUGCGGAGGGCGCAGAUCACUCGACCGAAAUAGACCAUUCCCACUAUGGGAACCUCCGUGGAUCCAUUCCUGAACUGUCCAACAACGCUGUGGAGAAGCAUCGCUGGUUGGCAAGGGAGUGGCACUCGUUUUGCGGCCUUGGGCCCUUUGAGCCUCAGGAGCCUGUUCGAAGGACGAGAAUGCGCGGGGGAUCAGCGCAGGCUCAGAGCGAUCUUGCAUCCUCUUCACCACACCCCUCAUCCAUAGCCAGCCUUGUCUCCGCUUCCUGUAGCAAGCUGGUCAAAGAUUUUCUACUGGAGAACCUCCCAGGACUACUUAAGGAUGUACUGACGGAGGGUGUCAUACCUCAAAUCGUCAGCGCGCUUCAUAGCCAUGUCGAAGGAGUUUGCCACGUCAUGCAGAAUGUUUCCCCUGCUCCUGACAUUUCUGGUGCAGCUUUCCACAUAGGUCAGUCAAACAUCACGGAGGGAUCACGCAGUUUCGUUCCAACAUCCAAGAAAUAUCAUCCUCAUAUAAACAGUGAGGCAAAUCAGCAGUUUGUUGACCCGGACAAGAGGGAUGAUGAGGACCAAAUAUCUCAGCAACAACAUCCUGAUAUCGCCAGCGAGGAAAACCAACAGUUCGUUGACCUUGACGAGACUGAUGAUGAGGACCAAAACCAGCACAAAGUGCAGCAAGGUUAUAUGCGUAUAGAAGAUAGGAAGCGACCUCGUAAUUGUCCUACAACACAGUCGGACUGUAGCGAUGACUUCCAGCCUCUGAAACGCAUUCGGCUGGAAAAAUCCUAUGAAGGCGGAGAGGAGGAUGUUUCCAUGGGUACCUCAGAGACGUCCGACGUUGAAGAAGGCAACACUCAUAAUGCUUCAUCCACCGCAUUCCUAGAAGAGGAUUUCUCUCUCAGCGAUCAGGACGACGAUGAAUCCAGGGUAUUGGCUUCCUUGGAGAACGAGGAGGAAGAUGACAUUAUGGUGGAAAGUGAUCCUGUGUUUGACAGCGAUCCGAUUUCUGAAGGAAUCGAUGAUACAUUGCUUACGCAAGUGAUGCAGGGCGACAUGCGCCAGCACUUGUCUCCGUCGAAGAUAGAUUCAUGGACAAAAAAGGUGCGCGCAGCAUUCCCAGUGCUGUUCAAGGAUCCAGCUGCAAAGGAAAAGUCCCCUGAGCAGUUGAACGCAAUUGUUAUGGUGAUGUCCGCCAAAAAGGACGCCAUGAUCACCCUCAAGACUGGUGGCGGAAAGAGCGCUUUGUGGAUGAUUGCCCCUCUCAUACAUCCGUACCCGCGGUGCAUCGUGAUCUGCCCAUUCGUAGCCCUUCUGGAAGAACAAGUUGAAAGGUGUCUUUCUGCAGGGCUAAGAGCGCACAACUUCACAAAAGAUAAGAACGUUCCAGAUAAUGUCCAGCUCCUUUUUAUCCAAGUGGAGAGCUGUUCUUCUAAAGCAUUCAAGGAUCUGAUGCACGCGCAAGAGCACAGGUAUCACAGAAUCUUCAUAGAUGAGAACCACGACUCCCUGAUAUGCCAUCCAGAACGCAGGGAACCUUGGAAAAAGCUUGCUCAUCACCUUUCUAAAUUGCGGAUUCCAUUGAAUUUCCUUUCAGGAACGAACCCCCCAUCGAACGUCACUGCUUCUCUUAAACACUUUGGGCUGAAACCGAAAGACGUAAUCCAGAUCCGUUCCUGCACAGACCGUCCAGAGAUAGGAUUUCACGUUGUGAAGAUACUCCCGCAUGCUUAUGAUUUGUCUUUGAAGCAAGUCGUGCUCGCACUACUAUCCACGAUGACAAAAUCGGAUCGCAUGCUGGUUUUUUUCAACAGGAACAAAGAGGCAGACGAAUUCAGCACCUCCAUAGGCUGCGCAGUAUUUCACAGCGAACUCCCAACUCUAGGAAAUACAAAGGGUCUGAAUCUGGAGAGGUGGGACACUGGAGAGACGCAGGUAAUGGCGUGUACUACUGCCUUCGCCCAGGGCGUGGAUCGAAGCUCCGUGAGAUACGUGGUGAUUAGCGAAGUCGAGUACGGCCUCAUGGUGGUCAAUCAGAUGUCAGGCCGCGCUGGAAGGGACGGACGGGAGGCUCACACCUUCUAUCUGACACGGAAAACAACACUUUCAGCAUUCGAUAGCGACCAGGACUAUGACUGCUUGAAAGGACUGGAUGAUGUGCUGUUUGGCCAUACCUGUCGAAGAUACACCUCAAUCAGGUGUAUGGAUGGUGAACAGCAUGCGUAUCGUUGCAAGGAGAGGUCAGACGUCAUGCAGUGCGACGUCUGUGACCCUCGAAGCCACAUGGAACUUUUUGUGGCAAAAGCAAUCAGGGAUCCGUUCAGACCAACUUCUGACCAUCCGGCGGAAUCCAGAGGUAAUAUCCUGGUCCCAAGCUCAUCCCAACAAUGUGCGUCUCCUGCAACAUCAAUAGGAAACAUUGUCGUUCCCAGCACAUGCCGAAUGCCGACACCCGACGUUUCCAUUUCUUCUCCAGAAACAGAGGAGGACUUUUUUGCUCAGCUACCGGACAUCACGCCAGAAAUGACAAGAGCGAUUGACACUUUUGAGGCCUCGGAUACCACACGUAGUCCAUCUUCCAAGAAGGCGCUACUACGGAAAGAUCGUGCAGCUAAAUUUCUGUCUUCUCAACCGUCAUCCUCAUCUGUUGGUUCUACAACGGCAUCAGAACAUCCAGCAUCCAAGAAGGAUCGCUCCCAUAGAUCAUCUUAUCCCACCCUUUCCAAGACCUCCACAGCUUCAGCCCCUGCUGCAUCGCGAUCUACAGAAUCUAAGCAAGACAGGAGUUUGGUCCCCAUCAGGGCAUCAACUUCCAAGUCUGCAAAGCCUCACGCAUUUAUGUGCCCUCCUGCAUCACUUCCUGCAGCAUCCAAGUCAGCCAGGAGUACGAUCCCCCAUACAAGAUCACCUUCUACUGCAUCUCAACAACAGCCAUCAUGGGUCAAUAGGGGAAACAAGGUACGGGAGGCUCUUGAAAAGAGGUUGCAAAGCACUUCACUCCUCGACAAGUAUAUGCGAAAAUUGAAAGGCCGCUGUCCAUUCCACUUUGUCAAUGCUGCAGGUCGUGAUAGGUUCCAUCCAGAACAUGAUUUCGCAUGUCAUCACAAAGGCAGAGCAUGGGAUGCGGCAUUCUACGAAACAUUCAGGAGGUGUUUUGUCUUUGGGAAUUACACCUAUUGUUUCAAAUGCGCACUUCCGCAGAAUAAUAAUCACAAUAACGAGGCGCCCUCUUGCCAUUCCGGAGUUGGCUACAGCAAGGGAGAUAAAUGCCCUUUUGCAGGUUUCAUCUUCAAGGCUGUAUUUUUUUUGUGGAAGACAGGACGCGCUGAAAAAUUGGCUAGACAACAUUUGGGAGCAAGUACUUGGACGACCAAGGAGGAAUUCAUCCAUUGGGUGCAGAAGGAACACAGCGAGAAGGGGAGGUAUGUCAAUUUAGUGGAGCUAUUUCUCGCCUUCUGCAAGAAAUUGGAAAAGGCUCAGCCUGACAUUUUUAAUUAG